AUGUCUAUACGAUUGUGUAUACAUCUACACACUGCCAGAGCCUUGUUCCAACAUAAAUAUUGCAUAAACGGAGAUGAUUUUCGAAAUAAAUAUGCAACAGUCUGUGGUGAUGUUGAUAACAAGGGAAAACAGAAAUAUCGUGAAGAGUUUCUUUCGAUUAACAAUGAAGUUUAUUGCAAAAGUCGCGUUACAGUUUGA